AAGUACGAGCACGUUCUUCAUCCAAGAAGCACUGGAUUCGUGUAUCUGGUGGACGAGAUGCGAAAGCGAAAUUGCCUAGACGCUGUCUACGAUCUGACCCUCAUCUAUCCAGAUGACUGCCCCCAAAACGAAGAGCAGCUGUUUUUUCAGGGCAAGUUUCCCACCAACGUGUUGGCCCAUCUGGUCAGGUACCCAGUGCCUGCGUUGCCCGAUAACAAAGAGGGUCUAAAGGUAUUUCUGGAACAGCGCUGGCUGGAAAAGGAGCAAACGAUGAACGAGUUUCGCAAAACUGGAAACUUUUUAUACCACGGAAGCGCGCUGAACAGGGACAGGUACCUGUCCAAGGCCUGGGCCUAUUUCACGCAGCUGAUUUGGUUAAGUUUGUCGUGUGUUAUGAUUUAUUUCCUGUUUGCACAUGUUAUGUAUUUCUGGUUGGUCACCAUGUACACUUUGAGUCUCUAUGUGAUACCGCUGUUCAAGGCCUGUUUGCGGACAAUUGGAAAUCUUAUAUUCAGAAAAUCUUCCAGAAAGAUGAAGGUUUCAGCUUCCGAAUAGUGCAAAACCGUUUUGCAACUAAGUUUUUUCCACACCCUAUUUACCUGAAGAAACUCAUGAUGGAUUUUUGCUCUGCAAACUAUCAACAUUGAUGGAAAGAACGUAUUUCGGAAACUGGCGCAGAAAGCAGCAAAAAGAAGCGUUCAGAAAUAUAGGAGGAUGGUUCGACCUCUUAUAGUUUAUUUCUUGUAAAGUACACAUUGGAGACUAUUUAUUUUGGUUCAUUCUAUAAGUUUAUUAAUUUCAUGCACAAAAAUGAUCGCAUCUUGACAUAUUUAUAAUUUGUUUACAAGGAAUAUGAACACGACAGUUACAUUUACAUGCAACACGGUGAUUCAAUAAUGCUCUCGUAAAAGAUUUCAGGUUUAGAAGAAUUCAUAAUUCUUGUACAAAGUCGAUUGUUCAAAAAUAUUUUUCGUUCAAGAAAAUGUAAGUUUAAACAACAGGAAUCGUUACAGCCCCAUAAAAACUUAAUACAAUCAUUUGCUUUCGUUCCGUUUUUUGAAACAAGCAUAAUUCUCCCUGUGCAAUGAAGACAAUGUAAACACGAAAGCUGUAAGUACUUUCUAAAAUAAAUUUGAUGUUUUCGGAAAGAUGGAAUGGGAAAACAGUUUCUGGUUUAGAAGUUGCUCUGGAAAUUGCUGAUUUUUUCGUGCCAUACUUUUAAACAAUUUAGUGUUAGGAAUUAACAUUGAUCUAACGAAUUAGUAGUAGUAGGUACCAUUACAGUGAAACAAAUGUAUACAAGUAUGUGCACAUAUAAUCCAGGUGCACUCUUGUAUUAUUGUAUGUAUAAUAUCUAAUAUUAAUUAAGGAAAUGUUCGUUAUACUAUAAAACUUAUCACUUGCAUUGAAAACACCCAAGAUAAACCCUAUUUAGAAGACAAAAACCAAAUUAUUUCUCAACUUGUACAGUUAACAGUAUUACAAUUAAUAAUAAAUGGGUACAAAAUCUAGUCAAAAUGUAGUCGAAUUUUAAACGAACUAAAUCUACCAAUCAAAAUAGAUCUAAUAAAUAUGUAAAAAAAUAAUUGUACAUACUUUCCUGACUGUGUUUCAAUUCCAAAUCAAAUUCAUUC